AUGGAGGUGAUCCGAAAUUUCCAAAUAAUCGUCGUCUCAGCUGAAAAUCUUGACGACAUCCGGCAUUUGGGGGCGAUGAAGGUUUACGCCAAGGUUUCUCUCUACGGUGAAAAACACACGACCAAGAAGACCAACGUUGACUUACUCGGAGGCGUAAACCCUAGCUGGAAUUUCCCUGUGAAUUACACGAUAAGCGAGUCGGCGUUCACUGGAGAUCAGAAACCAUUAACAGUGGUGGUAAAACUGUAUUGUGCUCGGAUGCGAGGCAAGAAGUUUCUGGGGCAAGUUGAGAUCUCAGCUCAACGCCUCUUCAGCUCUUGGGUUGGAAGCGUCGGUGAGCAUGGCUUCACCGUGGCGGGUACUCGAGACGGGAGGCUGAACAUCAGGUUCGAUUUCAGUGAGCCGUUCCCGUACUGGUAUGUGGAGCCCGAUCAAACGGAGCAGCAGUCGGCUUGGAAGAGGGCAAUCAAGAUGAUUGGCCAGAUGGUUUUGAAGUAUGGGAUAUGGUUCUUCUUAUCCACUGAUUUCGACGACAUCACCGCUAUUUAG